AUGAUGAGUGACGGUGAGGAGGCCAUGCCAAACACGGAACCACAGCAUAAAGAGGACGACGACCACGAGAAAGAUGUCAGCAGCCCCGAUCCAGUAAAAGAUGGCCAAAACCCGACCUUCAAGUUUCAUCUUAAAGAUAAAGUCCUCUGUCUUUCCCGUGGACUUCUCUUUCCGGGAAUUAUCGUUAAAACUGAACUCCUCAGUGAAACACCAUUGUAUGUAGUCCACUACCAAGGCUACAAUAAUAAGUGGGACGAACAAGUUUCGGAAGCUGAGCUUCGAGAGUAUAAUGAAGAGAACCUAGCUCUGGCCGAAAAGCUGAGAAGAGACGCUAAAAUGGGCCGAAGUAAGAAGAUAUCUUGUUCAGAAGGUGAUGCAGUAACGGAGGGCAAAAAACGCAAAAGGCGAAGUGUGUCAUCUUCAAGUAUAGAUUCGUUGCCCCCUGAGGAAGAAGCAUCUCCCAUUCCCAUUCCCGAAUCACUGGAAAAAGUUCUACUAAAAGAACGCGAAAUAAUGCUCUCCAAAGAGCACUUUGUUUCUACCUCAACAGAGCCAAAGUCUAUUGAAAAGCUGCUCCAGGACUACUUGGCCGAUCGUUUUGAGUACAAUUCUCUUGACGAGCAAAAAGAAAACUCGCUAGAACAGGCGGUUAGUGUAGCGCCAAGUAACCUCUUUCGCCAAGAGGUUUGCAAGGGCCUGGUCGAUUGCCUGAAUCGUUUCCUCUACUUGCGACUUCUUUAUAAAGAGGAGAUUGACAAGUACAGGCGCGUUUACUGGCAGCUUUCCAAAGACCGCCGAAAGGGAGCUGAUAUGGAGUCUCUUACUGAAGAGGAAUUGCUCAAUCUGGAUGGCUCCGUUGACCUGACGCCCCACUACUUUCCCAUUCAUCUUUUGCGCCUCUUUGUCCAACUACCGGAACUGCUCAAUAUGCUUGAGCCACUGUCAAAGGUGGAUGGACAUGAGGAGAGCAUCUACAACUGUUUCGCUGAUCUACUGCAGUACAUGGACGAACAUCGAGUUGAACUUUUUGGGCCGAUUAUCAACGAGAAUGUCUCUGAGGAUCGCCCCAAGGAAGAAGAGGAAGGCGAGAACGACGUAGAUGCUGAAGAAGAAGAAGAAGAAGAGGACGAGGAAGUGGACGAUGAAGAGGAGUAUGAUGAAGGAGAAAGUGAAGAGGGUGACGAAGAGGAGGAAAGUGAUGGUGACGAAGAGGGUAACGAAGAAGAUGAUGAGGGUGAUGAGGAACUUGAAGAAGAAGAGGAAUACGACAAUGAGGAAAAACGCA